AUGGAGGACCCGAGACUGGACUUCAUAGGGGAAUAUGUGCUGCGGACUCUCAAACUGAAACAGGACAAAUGGCAGAAGUGCGUGUCCAGCGAGGACAGCAGACAGGUGCUACAGGAGUUCCUAGACAGCACGGAGAGGAGGACUCUGGUGGUGUUUGUGACCGCGGCCGGACUGUUGCAGUCCGCUGCGGCCUUCACAGCCGGCUGCAGAAGCAAGGCGGUCUACUUUGUGAAGCGGAGCGGUACAGCGUUGCGGCCGGACUCCAUGCAGGAUAACCUGGUCUACGGGGACUUGUCUUACGCUCCACUUGAGCACUUUUCUGCUCUAGUUGAAGAGGUCGUGGCCCCACUGCUGUCUAACAGAAAGAACCACACUGAAUGGCCCCAGGUCGUGUCCCAGGACGUCUUACGCCACGUCCACUCCCUCAAGACCAAUGUGUUUGUGGUGUCAGGCCAAGUCCAAGGCAAGACGCUGCUGCCUCUCCCUACAGGCUCCGAGAGAGUAGAGCAAGCUGCCCUAGAGACAGACAAAAGGGGGGAAAUAGUGGAAAAGAGCAUCAUCCACUCCUUGGAGUCCGCAGUGAUUGAGUGGAGCCAUCAGAUCCGCGCCGUCCUGAAGAAAGACUCCUCUGAGGCUCUGCUGGAAGGCAAAAACCCCACACCACACACAGAGCUGCUCUUCUGGAAGAACAGAUGUGCAGACCUGGAGUGCAUCCACUCACAGUUCAAAUCUUCAAAGGUGAAUAAAAUGGCGAUGCUGUUGGAGGCUGUGGAGAGCAGCUAUUACCCGGCUUUUACUGACAUGCAACAGGAUGUCCUUGCAGCCUUGGAGGAGUCAAAGGACAUCUGCACCUUCUUGAAGCCCCUGCAGCGCCUGUUUGAGGACAUGGAGAACGCAGAGUUUCCUGAUGUUCGGGGUCAGAUCGCUCCUUUGAUGCACACAGUGUGCCUGGUGUGGGCCAACUCCAGAUAUUACAACACCCCAGCACGCCUCAUCGUUCUGCUGCAGGAGACCUCCAACCUCCUCAUACAGCAGGCCCGGGCGUAUAUAGUCCCAGAAGAGGUUCUGAGAGGAGAGGUUUCAGAGAACCUCCUGAAGGUGCAGACGAGCUUGGAGAUCCUGCAGCUGUUCAAGAGCACUUACGAGGACCGGAGGGCCAAUCUGAGCCAGUACCAGAAGAACGGCAACUUUGUGAGGCCUUGGGACUUUUCUCCACUGUUGGUCUUCUCUGGACUUGACUGCUUUAUUAACAGAGUCAGGACCAUUAAGGACAUGUUGUUGACAGCUGUGGACCUGCUGAAGCUUGAGAAAUUGGAAAUUGGAGGCAUCCGAGGCCGAGUGCUCAGCCAGCAGGUCCAGUUGCUCCACCAAGAGUUCAUGGACACAUAUAAAUUGUUCACAGAGAAGCCUUAUGACUGCUUGGACCUCAACAACAGGGAGUAUGAAGAAGACGCGAGGGAGUUCAAACUUAAGGUGGAUGACACAGACCGACGACUAGGAGCCAUCUUCUGUCAGGCCUUUGAGGACGCCUCUGGACUAGAGCACACCUUCAAGGUUCUGGAUAUGUUCGGCAGCUUGCUGGAGCGCCCCUUAGUGGCUGCAGAUGCUGUGGACAGAUACCCUCUUCUCGUCUCCAUGUUUGACAAAGAGCUGGACUACUGUAAACACCUAUACAACAAACACACCCAAACUGCAGAGGAACAGGGUUGGGCUCCAGUGAAUAAGAAUAUGCCAGCUGUAGCUGGUGGGCUGAGAUGGGCCCAGGAGCUGCAGCAGCGAAUCCAGACCCCCUUCUCCAAAUUCAGACACGUCUCUUUUCCGUGA